UUUACGUCUGUACAAUUUGAAAAAAUGUUAAGUGGUGUGAAUAAUGUAAAGCAAUAUAACUGAAGGUUAGAUAUUUACACCAGCUUGUGAAUCCGUUGAGAAUGGUUGUUAUCCUGGAUAAUAAAUGGGUAGGGAAAGUGGCAGUAGUGACAGGUGCUAGUUCUGGAAUCGGGAAAGCAAUUGCUGAACGCCUCGUAGAGGAGGGUAUGAAGGUUGUAGGUCUUGCAAGAAGUAAACAAAAACUUCAUUCAUUGGCAGAAUCACUUUCAUCGAAAAAAGGAGGAAAAUUAUAUAUUUUUCAAACCGAUGUAUCAAAGGAAGAUGCGAUUUUAAUGGCGUUCGCAUGGAUAAGGCACAACGUGGGUCCUAUACACGUAUUGAUUAAUAACGCUGCUGUUGCAAACUUAGGUCUUAUAAGUGAAAGUGAUACCAAAAAUUGGACAGAGAUCUUUCAAGUCAAUGUUAUCGGACUAUGUAUUGCUACACGAGAAGCGCUAAAAUCUAUGAAAGAAAACAACAUCGAUGGACACAUUAUAAACAUAAACAGUUUUUUGGGUCAUACAAUACCUACCUUUCAAAACGCUAAUAUGUAUCCUGCCAGCAAACAUGCCAAUAGAGUUAUUGCCGAGAUGCUCAGAAACGAAUUAGCACAUUUAGAGAAGAGGAUUAAAGUCACAACUUUAAGUCCGGGUCUCACUAACACACCCAUGGCAGAUAACGUUAGAGAGAAGAUACAAGAAUUUUCUCAAGGUGAUAAUGACGUGGCAUUGCUGGAACCGAAAAAUAUUGCUGAAACAGUUGUCUUUGUCAUAUCUACACCACCCACAGUGCAGAUAACUGAAUUAAUUGUACGACCUUUAGGAGAGACCUGUUGAAAGGAGAAAAAGCGGAAAUACAUGAUAUGAAUAUUUAAGUAAUUGAAUAAAAAAAUACAUCUAAC